AUGUCAACGCAGGAAUUUCCCGAGAAAGGUGGCUUGGAUGAACUUGAUGAUCAGAGCCCGAACCAGGUGAACCCUGUGAAUCCGACAGCCGGUAUCUCUUUUGCCGACCCAAAGCCGCCCAUGAGUGCCACCACUCAAGCUGGGCGCGAUUUAGGACUUCGCCGAGAACUUACUCACGACGAGAAGGAGCUCGCUAACGCCGGCUAUGAGGAGCUUGAGUCGAAGAUGAAGGCUAAAGCCCUUGAGGGAGCCUCGGCGGACAUUUCUGAGCACAAACUGAGCCCUCAAAAAGUCGCCGAAGCCAUGGGCACUUCAAUCAAUGCUAGCAAUCCCAGUGCCAGUUCAGGUUUGACAACUGCAGAAGCUCAAUCCAGGCUAGCCCGAGACGGCCCGAAUCAAUUGACUCCUCCCAAGAAGAAGAGUGCCCUGCGAAAGUACUUUGAUGCAUUGUUAUCCUUAUUCAACGUGCUCUUGAUGCUCGCUGGUAUACUUGAAUACGUGUUGCUGGCAAUAGAUUUUGAGAACAACAAAGCCAACGAGUACUUGGGUGCAAUUCUCAUUAUCGUCGCCUUUUUGAACGCAUUUAUAGAAUGGUACCAAGGACAGAAAGCCGAUGCGAUCCUGGCAUCUUUCUUAUCAAUGAUGCCUCCUUCGUGUAAAAUCGUUCGCGGUGGCGAAAUCAGCUCCAUCCCCGCCCAAGAACUCGUCAAAGGUGACGUUGUGUUCAUCAAGAUGGGUGACAAAGUGCCCGCCGAUUUGGUGCUCUUUUCAGCCUCGGAUGUUAAAGUAGACAACUCAAGUUUGACGGGAGAGUCGGAGCCGCAAGAAAGAGCUGUUCUUUUGGAAGGAGAUCCAGUCCGCCCAGUCGAAGCCCGCAAUCUCUUGUUCAAUUCUACUCUGGUGGUAUCAGGUGAAGGUUUUGGAAUUGUUGUCCGCACAGGCGAUCACACAUUCAUCGGACAAAUUGCUGGACUUACCGGUGGCGAGGCUGAUAACAAGAGUCCAUUGGCCCAAGAAAUUGACGACUUCGUCAAGAUAAUCUCGUGCAUUGCUAUUAUCACUGCCAUAAUCUUUUUCGGUGUUGGAAUUGGGACCACCUACAAGGGAAAAAUUGCCGCCACUGUCACCUUCGCAGUCUCCGUCUUAGUCGCUUGGGUACCUGAAGGAUUACCGGCGACUGUCACACUUUUACUGUCUAUUGCGGCGAAGCGCAUGGCAAAAGCUAAGGUGCUUGUCAAAGACUUGCAAGGUGUCGAGACCCUUGGUGCAUUAACAAUGCUUGCCACUGAUAAAACCGGUACAUUGACUAGAAAUCAGAUGACAGUCACCGCUAUGUGGACAAAUCUCAAGAUGAGCAGUGCAUUCGAAAGUCACAACGAUGAAGCCGAGGUACAGCAUUUCAAGAAAGAAGACCUAGGAGUUCCCGAAAUCCUCGAUAUCUGCACGCUGUGUUCUAAAGUCAAGUUUGACAAGAUGGACAUCCCCUUCGAGCAACGAGAGAUCCUGGGCGACGCCACUGAAAGUGGACUCACCCGUUUUGCGGGGAAAAACCUUGAAUUCGAUCAAGUCCGCGAAAAACAUCCGGAGGCCUAUUCGAUCCCCUUCAACAGUACGGCCAAAUGGGCAUUGGUGGUGGUACAGAAACCUCACUCUAACGGAGACUUGACGCUAUACUUGAAAGGAGCUCCUGAACGUGUCCUUGAUCGAUGUUCCCAUGUUUUGGUCAACGGCGAAUCUAUCCCCAUCACUGAACAAUUCAAGAAGGAAUACGGCGAGGCAUAUCAAUACAUGGCUUCUCGGGGUCAUCGUGUGAUUGCAUGUGCCCAACUUUUGCUCCCUGGUGAUCAAUUCCCCCGCGAUUUUGCAUUUAGCAAGAAGGAUGACAACUGUCCCACCGAAAACUUGUGUUUUGUCGGAUUGGUCUCCCUUGAAGAUCCUCCCAAGCAUGGUGUACGAGAGGCUAUUGGUCAGCUACGGUCGGCUGGAAUCAAAGUCGUAAUGGUUACUGGUGAUCACCCCCUUACAGCUGAGGCCAUUGCACGAAAAAUCAACUUGGUCAUUGGUCACACGAAGGAGUCGCUUGCAAAGGCCACCGGUCGUCCAGUUGAAGAGAUCCAUGAAGACGAAGUAGAUGCAGUCGUUGUCCACGGUGAUGCCAUUGACUCUCUUCAAGGUUGGGAGUGGGACACAAUCCUCAACAAGACUGAAAUUGUCUUUGCACGCACGUCACCCAAGCACAAACUGGAAAUCGUCAAACGCGCACAAGCACUGGGACACAUUGUUGGAGUCACUGGAGAUGGUGUCAAUGACUCCCCCGCAUUAAAGAAGGCAGACCUAGGAAUCGCAAUGAACAUCAGUGGCAGUGACGUCUCGAAAGAAGCCGCUAACAUGAUCUUGCUUGACGACAACUUUGCAAGCGUAGUGGAUGGGGUCCGAGAAGGCAGACUUAUCUUCACCAAUCUUAAACGAAGUAUCCAGUACACAGUCACACAUUCCGUCCCUGAAGUAAUUCCCCAGCUUCUUUACGUCAUCGUUCCGAUCCCAUUACCGCUGUCCGCCAUUCUGAUCUUGGUCAUUGACUUGGGAUUUGAAUUGUUUGCUGCGUUGUCGUUCGCGUGGGAUUGCCCCGAGUCGUCUGAAGUCCUUAUGACCACCAUGCCCCGCAAGCCCGUUACUGACCGAACCAUAAUGCAGCUGAAGAAGAAGGCACUAAGGCGAACCAGGACCAAUCACAUGGACGUUGAAGCAGGCAAUGAGAAACCUGAAUCACGCAUCGGUAGCACUGUGCGCAACGUUGUGCAAAAUGUUAAAAAGCCGUUUUCCAAGUGGUGGUGGGAUGACUUGCUCGAGAAAUCUGAUGGUGAAGCAUUGGUUGAUGGCUCCCUGCUCAGCUACUCCUACCUGCAGGCUGGAAUGAUUGAAACCGUUGGAUGCAUGUUGGCCUACUUCGUCAUCUUCAAUUACAAUCACUUCACCCCCCGCGACUUGCAAAUUGCUCAAAAGGCCGGGAUUUACUUUACGGACAAGUCACCUCCAUACACAAACCUCAGCGGUCGGGUUAUCGAUAGCACAGAUCAAACCGAAGCCUUGGCGCAGGCGCAGGGCAUGUUUUACAUGUCUAUCUUCUUAAUGCAGUGCUUUAACAUGUUCGCUGUCAAGGCCAAACUCAAAUUCCCAUUCGGAAAGGCGGCCAUUGGCAACAAGUGGAAUUUUGCCGGUGCUUUGGCUGGUGCAGUACUUGCAGCUUUCAUCAUUUACGUGCCCCCGUUGAGAACCGUCUUCGGCGCCAGUCAUCGCAUCUUGCCAUUGUUCUGGUUGAUUCCGAUUGCUUUCGGAUUCGUCAUCCUAUUAUGGGCUAGUGGCAGAGUCUUGUUCCUCCGCAAGAAGCUUUUGUCAUCUAGCGUCAAGCCACCCAAAGGACUCAUGAUGCACCCUACCAAACGUACCAUGUCGAUUCGUUCGACAUCGGCCAAACGACAGUAG